AAAUCGAUAUUUUGAUUCACAACAUGAAGAUGUUCUUCCGUUUCACUCUGCUGCUUUUCAUAGCUCAAUGUGCAUUUGGCGGACCGACGAAACUUACUGAGGACGAACAGUUUGAAUUUUUAAAACGAGCCAAUAAUUUGAUGCAAAGCAAAGCUAAACUCGACGCUUAUACUUGGAUGAAUUUCGACGCCGAACUCGAGGCUGAAAUAUUGAAAAUGUCGUGCGAUGAAUUGGAAAAACAGCGAGGAAUUCGAUUUUUCGAGUCAAAGUUGGUUAAUCAUGAGAUUACAAGUAGAACAGGAGAAACUGGAAUUGCGUGCAUCAAGAGUGAUUGUAUGUACACAGAUCUCAUACCAGCUGUGCCGAUCGCUCAUAUGUGCCUUUACAAUCGCCCAGUGGUCACAACAACCGUCCCACCAUCAACGACUUCUGGAACUGACAAUAUUGCGAGUUUUUUCUUUGGAAUUCUCAUUUUUGGAGUUUUGAACUUGCCUUGAGAUGAUGGUUUUUCAGUGUGGAUCUUUGAAUAAACGGUUAAAAGUUCCCUAAAACAAUGAUAAAAUAUUUCAAGGAACUGUC